AUGUUCAUCCAAGGUUCUCUCGCCAUGGAGACCAAACUUAAAGUAGCCAUUCUGAUUGUAUCAGACACGGCCUCCCGUGAACCAUCUACUGACAAGACAGCCGAUGCUCUAACUCCCAUCCUCGUCGCCGAGGGGAAGUGGACACCGCCCACGAUAAAGAUUGUGCCAGACAACGUGUCUCAGAUCCAGCAGACCCUCUGUGACUGGACUGAUGGAGUCGAUUUUUAUAAUCUCAUUCUGACCAGCGGCGGAACUGGCUUUGCUGUCAGAGAUAAUACGCCAGAGGCUGUAUCUUCCCUCAUCCAUCGCCAUGCUCCAGGCCUAGUGCAUGGCAUGAUCGCCGCAUCACUGAAAGUAACCCCAUUCGCAAUGAUGUCCAGACCAGUUGCUGGAGUCCGCGAGAAGUCAUUGAUUAUCACUUUACCUGGAUCCCCUAAAGGAGCAGCUGAGAAUCUCGCAGCGGUUGUAAAACUCCUUCCUCAUGCUUGCUUGCAGUCUGCUGGUGCCAACUCACGUGCCAUGCAUGUUGGGGGCACUAAAAAGCUUGAGACCGAGGCUGGUAUUUCUGGCUGUGGACAUCAUCAUCACCAUCAUCACGGUCAUGGGCAUGGGCAUACGGCUCCAAAGGCGCAUACCACCUCCAAUGAACACCAGUCGAAUGAUCCGUCUGCGGGACCUAAUCGGAGGUAUCGUUCCUCGCCCUAUCCAAUGCUUUCGGUAAAAGAUGCACUAGAAAAGAUCAGUGAGCAUACACCGCAGCCGGUAGUGAUUGAAGCCCCAGUCAACAUAUCCCUUGUGGGUUCUGUUAUCGCCGAAGACGUCUAUGCUGCUGAGGCGGUGCCAGCAUACCGUGCCAGCAUCGUUGAUGGCUAUGCUAUUAUUGCUAUCGCUGGCCAGAGUACAAAAGGGGUAUUCCCUGUAGCAUCAGUGACCCAUGCAAAUAUUGGCGGAGAUCUAGAGCCACUUCAACCUGGAAAAAUCGCUAGAAUCACCACCGGAGCUCCUCUUCCCCCGAAUGCAAACGCCGUAGUUAUGGUCGAAGAUACCCUCCUAGCCUCAUCUACACCAGACGGCCAAGAGGAAGCAACUGUUGAAAUCUUGGCUGAAGAUGUCGUUCCAGGAGAGAACGUCCGCGACCCUGGAAGUGACAUCUCCCUGGGCUCAAAAAUCCUCUCCCGUGGAGAUCUGGUUACCCCCGUGGGCGGUGAGAUUGGUUUGCUCGCUGCCUCCGGAACCAGGACAGUCAAGGUAUUCCGAAAGCCCCGAGUAGGCGUACUCAGUACAGGCGAUGAAUUGGUCGAACAUGAUGACCCCCUAUCUCUCACUGGUGGCCAAAUUCGAGACUCAAAUCGUCCGUCUCUCCUGUCUUGUAUCUCUUCUUGGGGAUUCCCAACCGUCGACCUAGGAAUCGCCAGGGACACUCCGGCCGGUGAGCUCGAGCAUGCGUUGCGCGACUCAUUGCGCGGUGUAGGCCGAGCCUCUUCCAGUGUUGACGUGAUCAUCACUACAGGCGGUGUAUCAAUGGGUGAGCUGGAUCUCCUCAAACCAACAAUUGAACGUUCCCUAGGUGGUACAAUUCAUUUUGGCCGUGUGUCAAUGAAACCUGGCAAGCCGACUAUCUUUGCUACAGUUCCCUUCAAAGCAACAGACGGUGCAGCUGAUAACAGCCAGCAAGAACGUACCUCAAAGCUAAUUUUCUCCCUGCCCGGAAACCCGGCUUCUGCUCUGGUCACUUUGAACCUGUUUGUUUUGCCUUCCUUGCACAAGCUUUCUGGUAUGGGUGAGAGUUCUCAGAUACCGUCGUCAACGCCCGGUUUAGCGCCGCACCUUGGUCUUCCAUGUGUGGCUGUUGUGUUGACGCACUCAUUCCCUCUGGACCCCAAGCGUACCGAGUACCACCGUGCCGUGGUGACAGCCUCUCGCUCGGACGGCCGGCUGUACGCGACUAGUACGGGUGUCGAGGGGGUGGGACAGCGCAGUUCGCGGGUUGGAAGUCUUGCUAGCUCCAAUGCAUUGAUUGUCCUUCGUCCUGGUGGUGGAGUUGUCGCGAAGGGUGAGACUGUGGAGGCCUUGAUGAUGGGUCCAGUCCAUGGCUCUGACUGA